AUGGACACAAGCGAAUAUGCCAUAUCCGAAGCUUCUUCACUGGCACUAGAAUCCAUCACUGCGUGUUUUUUUAUGUCUGGCUCUGAAGCACAGAAUGAACGUUCCACCCUGUUAUCAUAUGCCGCCGCAGGGACAAAGCAUGGAAACGAGUUUACGCUAUGGAUGGAUCCAGAUAUGGUCUUGUGGAUCAAAUCUGAUUCCCACCGGUAUGACAUUAAUUAAACAAGUGAUUUCUGCUUCAAUUUUCCAGUGACUAACUAUGCGAUCACAUCACUAUGGCCUCACCCGUGAAAGGAGACAAAGAUAAUGUUAUUUAGUGCGGCUAUAAAUUAAGCAUAUCGCAACGAAUUUCUCUUUAUGUACGACGAAAUCUUCGAUUAUGGCUCAAACAUUCUUAAACAUUAUUAUUAGAGGUUUAGUGUCACAACACAAGUAACGCAGUCUUUUGUUAUUGUUUUGACUUACCCAAAAUAAACAUCUAACGAAAAAAAUCCUUGUUUCUUACAUUUCCAACAAGAUUCAGACAAAAGCAAAGGAGUUCUCCAAGGAUGGUCUGUGUUCCCAAUACUAUGCUGUUGUUAUUGUAUUGACUCACCCAAAGAAAGACGGUUUGCGUUCGCAAUACCAUGGCGUGCCGCUAAUCCUUUAAUAGUUAUCGUCUCAAAAGCUAUUUGAGGCAGUGCUAUUGCCAGUUUUAUCGCCUAUUUCGCCGCAUAUAGUCCCCUCCCCCAGAUGGUGAUGCAUGUGUUUAUAACGAGGUUACGUAUAAUUAGUGCCUUCAUCAGUGUAUUUAAUUUAAUGUGAGAAGCUCAGGUCGCCCUGUUGCUCGCAAAAGAACAUGUAUAAGUCUUGGAAUAUGGAGUCAUUCCGAGCCUCUUUUCUUUUUUUUUUUUUUUUACAGAAUUGGAGACUUGCUCCUUUCUGAUGGCCAACUUCAUCACGUGUGUGUCACAUGGGAGUCAUCAAGCGGCACGUCCACAGUAUACAAGGACGGUGCUUUGGUUAAAACAAUUGGUAAUGUCAUGACUGGAGAACAAAUCAAAGGUGGCGGAAUAUGGGUAAUCGGUCAAGACCAAGAUUCAGUUGGAGCUGGUUUCCAAGCCAAAGAUUCCUUUAAAGGCUAUGUGACCCAAGUCAAUAUUUGGGAUAGAGUUAUUGGUUCCAAUGAGAUCAAAUGUUUCGCAAAGGAUUCUGGUUCUAUUAUGCAAGGAAACUACAAGGCCUAUAGCGAUUUCAGUGUCUCCAGUGCUACUCAGUUGAUUAAAUCGUUAUGCUGUCCUUUGGCUCCAAUUUCUGAGCCAUGA